GGCAACUUCUGGCCGUGUUCUGUAUGCAACUUUCCGCACGUUAAAAAACUUUCCAGAGCUGUGUUAAACUGUUAGAACAGGUUUGAUCACCUCGCUACUUUUGACUGUUCACGUACAAUAUGUACAAUCCCGAAGAGAAAAAUAUUGACUUGGUGCGGGAAUAUUUCCCUAGCUAUCACACAAAACGAUUCCAAGAUCAAGCUCAGCCAAAUUUAGUGGUUCAAGAAAAUUUUGUACUGGUGACAUCAAAACACCAUAAUGAUCUUCUCACCAAGUUAGACGUCAAAGUUGAUCAUUUGCGGUAUGGAGGCUCAGAUGAUUGUCGACUGGUAGAUGUAUUUUAUAAGGAGGAUACGGCCAAAGGACCCUCGCCACUUUUGGUUUAUGUGCAUGGUGGCUAUUGGCAAGAACUGGGCAUAAUGAGUUCUUGUUCCAUUGUUGGGCCUCUGGUGGAUCGGGGCUAUCGCGUCGCCGUCAUGGACUACAAUAAGUGUCCUCAAGUGACGUUGCCUCAACUGCUGGAAGAGUUUACUAGCUUUUUGCUCUGGGUCUUUGAGUAUGCCGAGAAAACGGAAACAACUCGAAUAAGCUUUGUGGGGCAUUCAGCUGGUGCACAUCUCAUAGCGCAAUUGUUACAUGUUCCGGAUUUGAUAUCAAAGGAGCGUCGUCAGAAAGUUCAUGUCAUGCUCUUUAUAUGCGGCGUUUACGAUCUUCGUGAGCUUUGGCAAUUGGAUCCUGUCAAUCCCAAUAAUAUAUUCGGACUAAAUUCGGAAAGCGUUAGGGAUGUUUCGCCAAUGCUGUGGUCUUGGCUAGCUGAUAGUGCAUCUUGGCCUGGCCUAAAUUCGCAUGUUUUAUCAGCGCAAAAUGAGAGCGCUACAUUUAUUGAGCAAAGUCGCGCUUUUGCUAAAAACUUGAAAGAAGCUGGAUUUGAAGUCUCUUUUAAGCUUUUCGAUAAGUACGAUCAUUUCGAUAUUAUUGAAGAAACUUUUGACGAUAACUCUCGAAUUACAAAAUUUUUGAUUGAAGCCCUCUUCUAAACAGUGCUGCCAUCUUAGCUAUAAACUAGCUAGGAUAUAUAAAAAAGUCUGUGAGCUUGAAAUCUA